AUGGCGUCGCAAAAAGCAGAGUUCAUCAAAGUGCCCACCGAUAACUCAGAUGGCUUCCAGACAAUGCCCGUAGAGCCCUCGAGACGGCUGUCAGAAUCGGAAUUGCGGAUCGAGAAGUGCACACCGGAUGAUGCUGAGAAGAUCGCAGAAGGCCUCUACCUCUGCUUCCCAGAAGACUGGUGGGCCAAAAAGGAACCCCCAGAACUCCGACCCGCCGGCCCAAACAGCCUCGCCAUCCGUAUCCAACGCAUGGCCCAACGACUAACCCCCGCCAUCACCGAUCCCCACCAUUGCUUCAUGAAAGCCGUCUACACCCCCACGGGCUCAACAAUCGGAAUAGCAGGCUGGACUCUCCCCACCAACCCCUCGGUGCACAACCUCUUCCGCCGCAGCGCCGCCACGCAUUACUCCUGGGCCGAACAGCAAAACUGGACCGACGCCGAUCUCGAUCUCAUGUGGUCGCACGUCUCCUCCGAGAACUGGAGUGAGCGUUUUGCUAAAGAUGAUGAGGUAAGGAGGGAGGCGACGGGCGGGGAAAGGCAUUGGUAUCUUGCGCCGUUGCUUACGUGGCCGGAGUGGCAAGGACGGGGUGUGGGGAAGAAGUUGAUGGAGUGGGCGUUGGGGCAGGCGGAUGAGAGGGGGGAGGUUGUGUAUUUGGAGAGUAGGCCGAGUGCUAGGGCGGUGUAUUUGCAUUUGGGGUUUGUGGGGUGUGGGGAGUGGAAUAUGAUUAGGUGGCCGAAGGGGAGGGAGGGGGAAAAGGGGGAGGUGGAGGUUGCGACUAGGGGUGUGGACGCCGAGGGUGCGAUAUGA